AUGAUCUCCGACGCUCAGCGGCCUUCCUCCUCGGUUAUGGAUAUCUUCAAUCGGCCUCCGGCAAUCUCGGAGGACACCCUCCAGUACACUCUUUAUCUACCCAACGAAUUCAGUGACAAAGCUUCGGCCACUGCGCUAGCUACUCUCAUGCGGGAGUAUGCUGACACGACAUUUCCGGACCAUUUGUGGCAUCGUGACGCAUUCGAGUUGAAAGUCGCACAGGAUACCGAUUCGGAAGACUGGUUACUGGAGGGCAGAAUGAGGGUCGGCGAUUGCGUAGACGACGAAUGGUGUGUUGUCUGGCUUUUAAGGGAGAUCAGUGCAAAAUGGGAUGUCGUCAUCAGUGUCUUCGAUUCAGACGGCGAAUUCCUACUGAUCGAAGCGGCGGAAGCGCUUCCAUCAUGGGUAACCCCUUCCAAUGCUGAAAACAGGGUCUGGAUCUACCGCUCCCGCCUUCAUAUAAUUCCCCUCUCUCAUGUGUCUGCACCAUCCAGCAGACAUAAAAGGCGCCGGUAUUCUGGUAGCAAAGACAGUGACGACGAGGAUGCUAUUACACGAGAUGACGCCGACGAUUUUGUCAAUAUUCCAGAUGCUCUCAAGGUCGUAGUCAAUCCAGAAGUAGACACUUUAGCUCCUGUGAGUGUCCAAAAUGCUGUUUGGAAAAGAAUUUCUGGUUAUCCUGUCGCGGCCCGUCAACAUGUGCAUUCGACAAAAGCAUGGCUACCUGUCGACAUAGCGAAGGCGUUGUCUGUCGACUCUUCCCUUGCGCAAAAGCCUGUAGAGACAUUCUACACUCGGGAUACGCUCCAACUCCGAGCCGCCCAUAGGAUGGCUCGGUUUCCUCCAGAACCUUCCGUCCUCACGGGAAUCAAGCUCACUCGUACAGCUUAUGCACAGCUUGUCGGUCAAAAGUUCUAUCCUCCGAAGAUUUUUGGCCGAUGGCAAGAGAUGGAAGGUACGAAAGAGUGGCAAUGGAGGGACGUGGGGAUGAAAAUUGCUUGUGGGUUUGAAAUGUUGUAUCAAGAAAGCAAGAGCAGGUCGGACGGUGCGACUUGGUCGCCCGACGCUUUGAGAUCAUCGGCGCAGGCACGGUUAAAUGCCCUGAAGUCGAACCUUGACUAUGUGAAAUAUAUACAGAAUCUGAAGUCUAGUGGAUACUUCAAGGGUGAACUCGAAGGAUCUCAGUUAUGGAACGAGCUCGAAGAAAAAGCUGCUGCAACAUUUGUGGAGGUUCGGCGAGAAGAUGAUUCCACAAGGCCGUCAUUUGCCUCUAUAGUUAAUGCCGCAAUAACACAAGCGCCGGCAGGUGAUGUACACCCAAGUAGGACGGAGGAAGACUCCGAUGAUUGGCUCAAAGUUGAUGCGGACGAUCUCGAUUCUGCAUUGCAACAAACUUUCGGCAAAGAGUCUGGAACGAGAUCUCAGAGAUCGGCUGAUGCGAUGGACAUCGACAGUAAUGAUCAAAGCGACGAAACAGACGAAGAUCGUUUCGCGAAGCGCCAGGCUGCGCGGUUGCAGGAUCUCGCUAAGAAGGUGCAGGACUUUGUCGAGGGCGAAGGUGAUCUCGACGGCGCUCUAUUCGCAGACGAAGAGUUCUCAGAUAGCGGUGUUGAUGACGACGAAUCCGCUAUGUCUGAAGAUGAGAUCAACUCGGAUGAGGAAUCCUCGCCCCCGGCUCCUGAAUCGGAUGUAGCGCGAGAAGCCGCAAUGGCACUGCUGGUGCCGCAACUAGAUCCUUCUGAUUAUGGCAGGAUGCCAGCUUCGUUCUAUGCGAAUUCUCAGCGUAUUGCUCCUGCAACUGAGGACCGGGAAGAAAUAUCCGUUUCCGGGUCGUCUGCGUUUGUGCCUCACAUGCGAUCGAUCAGGCCACCUAUCAUCCCUAGAGACAAAUAUGAUGGUGUUGACUCGGAUGAUGAAACAGACGAAGACAGUCCAGGUAUUGCGGAUGAAGACGAAGCAGAAGACCAGCCACAGGUUGUGGGAGAGAUCGAAAUCAACAUGGAGGAAGAAGAGGAGGAGUUUUUGGAAUUUGCUCGCCAAGCUCUAGGUGUCUCGGAUCAGCAAUGGGGUGACAUCCUACAGGAGAGAAAGAAUCGUGGCGCUUAUAUUCCCCCUAUGGCCAUGGUACAAAGUCAGGACAAAAGCGUGAAGGACGCGCUAGAUGCAGAGAAGAAGCUGGACGAAAAAACUUUGAUGACAGGCCGUGACACAAACCUAGCCUCGUUUGAGGCUGUUAUGCAGGCUAUGGAUGCGGAAUUGGCGCGUUCUAAUGGCAAUAUACCUCCCUAUCGUAAAACAAAUAAAGACAACAGUAGAACUAAGUCGCCCGGUGAUGAACCCGUGAUUGACAUCGAGGCCGCCAUGGACGCAGAACUCAAGGCAACAUUGGAGAGGGAGGACGACGGCGAGGAGGAGGAUGUGGGCAAUGUUGAUUAUGGAAUGAUUAGCAAUUUCCUGGAAAGCUUCAAGAGUCAGGCAGGAUUGUCGGGACCAGUUAGCAGCCUUGCCGGGCGGUUGCAGCCAGGAUGGGCUUUACCGCGGGAUGAGUCGCGGUAG